UGUUCUUUGUCAAUUCAUCAUAUAAGGAGAGUACUUGAGCUGUUCAUGAUCAUCACAAGCAAGUCCUUGUAUUCAUCAGGCCAGGGUGCAAUGAUGGCAGGAAAAAUCAUAGCAGUAUUAUUCCCACUAAUGGCAACCUGUUCAAUGUUCUUGAGUUCGGCUUGGAGCUACGAGGGCGAAUGGAAAUUGAUGGAGAAAAGCAUUGGAAUUUCAGCAAUGCACAUGGCAUUGUUGCCAAGUGAUCGAAUCAUUGCGUUCGACAGAACAAACAUGGGUCCUUCCAAUAUCACCUUAUCAGAUGGGAGGUGCCUACAUAUUUCAAAAACCAUCGACUGCUUCGCUCAUUCCGUGGAAUUCGAUCCUGCUGUCGGCAAAGUCCGACCGCUCACAAUUUUCACCGACACAUGGUGUUCUUCCGGCGCAUUGUCUGCAGAUGGCGUCCUAGUGCAGAGCGGCGGGUACGGCGACGGCGAUCGGGUUGUUCGGUAUUUCAAGCCAUGUGCAGAUUGUGAUUGGGGAGAGGAUCCGAGUGGUUUAAGCACACGAAGAUGGUAUGCGUCGAAUCAAGUUUUACCAAACGGGAAAAUCAUUGUUGUUGGCGGCAAAGCUGAAUUCUCGUACGAAUUUAUCCCAAAGAGCUCGAAAUCCGAUCAAACACUUUACCAGCUUCCUUUCCUUAAAGAAACCAUGUAUUCUAGUAUGGUUCCCAACAAUCUCUACCCUUUUCUACACCUCUCUCCGGACGGAAAUCUUUUCGUUUUCGCAAACGACCGUGCAAUUCUUCUCGACUAUGUAAACGACAAGGUUCUUAGAAGCUAUCCGAUUUUGCCUGGUGGGUUUUCAAGGAACUAUCCCAGCACUGGGUCUUCAGCACUUCUCCCGUUAAAACUCUCAAACGGCGGUACCCCAGAUGCUGAGGUUGUCGUUUGUGGUGGGACAUUGCCGAAUUCGAAUGUCAAAGCCAACGCCGGAGUGUUUCUUCCGGCGGCUAAAACGUGCGGUCGGUUGGUUAUCAAUGCGGAAAAUCCGGAAUGGGAAAUGGAAGAAAUGCCGUUGAAUAGAGUGAUGGGUGAUAUGAUCCUGCUGCCGACAGGAGACGUGUUGAUCAUAAAUGGCGCGGCAAAGGGAACCGCCGGUUGGGAAGUAGCGACAGAACCGGUUCUGAACCCGGUUCUUUACCGGCCUAAUAAGCCUAGAAUUAACGACAGUGUUACGAGGUUCGAGGUUUUGAGCGCCAGCAAAAUCCCACGUCUCUAUCAUUCCUCCGCACAUUUGCUCUCCGACGGUCGGGUUUUGGUCGGAGGGAGUAACCCUCACAGAAACUACAACUUCACAACACUCUAUCCAACUGAUUUAAGCCUCGAAGCCUUCUCUCCGCCGUAUUUGGCAGCCGGUAAAUCUCGGCCGUCCAUCUCUUGGGUGAAGCCUGGUGCAGAGCUUGUUUAUAACCAGAGAGUUUCCUUAGGGUUUUACUCGGCGGAAAAAGGUGACCUUGAGAAGACGUACGUGACAAUGGUGGCUCCAUCGUUUACUACACACUCCUUUGCCAUGAACCAGAGGCUGCUGGUUUUAGCUCUUGACCGAGUGAGUGAAACAUCUUCCGGGAGCUUUGUGGUUGAAGGCAAUGCUCCGGCCACCGCAGCGGUGGCGCCGCCAGGUUACUAUCUUCUGUUUGUGGUCCAUGGUGGUGUUCCUAGUAAUGGGACGUGGGUCCAUAUCAAGCACUAGUGGUCUAGUAGUUGUGCUUCUUGAAUCGAGAAUUAAUGGCUUAUGAGCAUUAUAGUACUUGAAUCCUAAUUAUGGCUUAAGCCUUAAUUUCUAUAUGCGUUUCCUGUGGGAUCUAAUAAUUAAUGUAUAUCGCUGCCAUCACUUGCAUCAAUAUAUGUGCAUUGUUUUCCUUCUAAAUAAUAUG